AGGGGGAUUUAUCCAUUUUCAAAGGCUCUCCACACAGUGACAGUCACAUGAAAUAACGCGGGGGGAAUACAGCUGUGUGUACACUUAUGUGACGGGUGUGUGACGCAGGGCUCAGUCAGCCCGCUCCCUCUGUCACCCCCGGGAUCGGACAUGGUCCGCUCCGGAGCGGCAGCCAGUGACGAGCUUCCAGUGAACAUGGCGUCCGGUUGCUUAGCGCUGCUGUAAAUCCGGUGUCAUAAUACUGCGGCCGCCGAGUGAGAGCGACAUGUCCGACUCCGAGGAGGAGAGCCAGGACCGGCAGCUGAAGAUAGUCAUCAUAGGGGAUGGCGCGUGUGGGAAGACCUCGCUGGCCAUGCGCUUUGCCCAGGAAUCCUUCGGGAAGCAGUACAAGCAAACAGUGGGGCUGGACUUCUUUCUGAAGAGGAUCAUGUUGCCAGGAAAUUUAAAUGUUACACUUCAAGUGUGGGACAUUGGAGGACAAACGAUAGGAGGCAAAAUGCUGGAUAAAUAUAUUUAUGGAACCCAGGGAGUCCUCUUGGUCUAUGAUAUCACCAACUAUCAGAGCUUUGAGAAUCUAGAAGACUGGUUUUCCAUGGUCAAGAAAGUGAAUGAAGAAUCAGAAACACCGCCGUUUGUAGCGCUUGUAGGCAAUAAAAUUGACUUGGAGCACAUGCGAACAGUAAAAGCAGAUAAACACCAGAGAUUUUGCCAAGAAAAUGGACUUGGAAGUUUUUUUGUGUCUGCCAAGAGUGGAGAUUCUGUUUUCCUAUGCUUUCAGAGAGUCGCUGCAGAAAUCCUUGGAAUCAAGUUAAACAAGGCAGAAAUGGAACAAUCUCAGCGAAUUGUAAAGGCAGAAAUAGUGAACUAUCCCGAGGACGAUAAACAGCUGAACUCGGCACGCUCUCAGAGCAAAGUCUGCUCAUUGCAGUAGAUGGAGAGAGUAGUAAAGGCUGACAUUGUGAACUACAGUCAAGAGCCCGUCACCAGAAUGGUAAACCCUCCUCGAAGUUCCAUGUGUGACAUUCAGUGAGAGUACCAUUGACUGAAGAAAUUAUUCCUACCAUCGCACAGCCCAGUGGUUCUCCACGAACUUCACGACAAUCUUGAUGCAGUGCAUUUAGAGGUCUCAAAAACCUACUACAAUAUUUGUUUUAUGAACAGCAGGUUGGCCAGUGUCCAAGGCCCGGGGACCACACACUAGAAAGUCUAAAUUAGAUUGGAGUUGUCUUCAUGCGUCCGCUCAAUCUAGAGAGACCUGGAAAGUGUGCAGGUAUCCAAAGCGUUGACUGACAGAUACAAUAUGCCUAUAGUGAAAUAUUUAAAGAGCAACACCAGUCACUACUGAAUGGUAAAGAUUCAUGAGGUCAAUGUGAGAAUAAAAUAAAAAAUGUUACGGGCGCUGUUUUUCAUUCUGAAUUCCACUCCCACAAUCCAUCAACUUUCCCAGUUGACUAGAGAUUUUUUCAUUAUUUUUAUCCUAAGGUGGGUUGUUUGCUCUUAAGCUCGUUGUCGCCCCCUGCCGAAUAAUCUAGGAGUGGGGCAGAUAACUCACUCUGCUCCUGGAGCCCCUUCUAUGGUGGUGUAGGCCCUCUUGGGUGCCGCCAUUUUUUUGCUCCACAUAUAGGGUUACUCUGUAAGAUAAUGACUCCAUAAAGGACCAUCCGAUGGCGUACGCCACAUUUUUUCAUAUACGGUACAUUUAUUUCAGUAGGGUCCUUUACACGUCUGUGGGCGCUGUAUAUUGGCAGCAUAUUACUGUGCUGUAAUAUGGCAUAUGUAGUAGGCUUUAAAAGCACAUGCAGUCCCUGUAACUACCUCCUCUAGAGCUCCAUUUGGUGCUCUGCAUGACCUAUUACAAGGUCAUCCUCCUCUAGAAGUGAUGACCACCCAUUUCUGUGCCCCUGUAUGAAAUUGGAACUUAUACAGAGGUACUGCUGAGCGCCAUAGAUCUGUGGGUGCCCUAUUAUGUCUCCUUGCAACUCUUUUAUUGAUCCUUGACCCAGGGAGACUCUUCAUGAUAUAUACAUUGUUCUAUAAUGAUAUACUGCAGCAUAGUAACUGCAAACUGAAUGUAAGAAAUGUAUCGGGAAAGUAGGUGACGGAUUUCUCCAGAUAUGGCCCAUUUCUAAACCACUGAUAAAAUAUGUAAUGUGCUUCUGUCCUGAAUGUACACCAUUUAUUUCUAUUCAUUCUUGGAAAACAUUAUUCCUCUAAGAUUUUCAUUUUACCCCGGUAAUUAAAAAAUGUAAGGAAACAAAUGAAUAAAACAAGAAUUUUUUUUUUUUUUUGUAUUAGGUGCUUGAAAAGCUCUGUGUUAUCUGAUAAUUUUGUUUUUCUACAGUAUAUACAAUUUUGUGUAUUCUCAUUUAAUUUAAUUCUUAAAGGGGUUGUCUAGCUGUUUAUAGCCGCUUUUAAAAUUUGGCAGUACCGCACUGUCACAAAACAAAAUAAUACAUUCACCUGCUCCCCACCGAUUUGCACUAUCCCUGAUCGCCGACCUGUAAAUUUCCAGACGGGGACACUUGCGCCGCUGAAGCCAAUGACUAGCCUCAGCCAUGAGGUGUUGUCAAGCUACACCUGACCCAGCAAUGAGAUGCUGCUUGGGGCCAUCUGGAAGUUCACAGGCCAGGGACCAGAAGAAGCGCUGAUCAGGCUCUCGGCACUGGAGCGGUGCGGCGGGGAGCAAGUGAGUGUAUUAUUUUUUUGUUUUAUUACAGCACAGUACUGGCCAAAUUUAAAAAGCGUUAUAAAGGUGAACAACCCCUUAUAAGGGAUUUUUCUGAAUUUUAUGCAACAUUCCAAAAUAAUUGUACAACUGUCUUAUUAUUGCAGCUAUGACAUUCCAGGUUGGAUUGGUGAUAUAUAUAUAUAUAUAUAUAUAUAUAUAUAUAUAUAUAUAUAUAUAUUUAUAUUAGUAUUGUUCACAGGUUUUAGGCAGGGGUGGCAAUGCUGCAGAGUAAGAACGCUACUAAAAAUAAAACCCGGAUGUAACCCGAUCUGCACUCAUUCACCAUAAAUGAGUGGAACAAGGGCUGUUUGUUUAAAUUUGGACACUGCUAGACGGAGGCUUCCGCCCAGCAGUGAUCCCGGUGAUGUCAUCGGCUCUGAUGGGCAGUCACUGGAUCUCAAGAAAAUUCCCUUGCCCUGCGCGAUUCAGCGCAGUGCAAGGGGGAGCAUCGGAGCGUGAAAAGCUCCCAUCCUCCACUCAUUCAUGGUUAAUGAGUGCAGAUCGGGUUUAAUAGUUUGUUUAUCAGUUAACAAAAUGCAAAGUGAAUGAACAAAGAAGAAACCUAAACCAGGUUGAUAUUUGGUGUGACCUCCCUUUACCUUUAAAACAGCAUCACAGUUUUUAAAGGAACUCCGUUUGCUGCAUUUCAGGAAAUGGAGUUGGGUACUUCUCAGGAUUCCUUACUGGAAUGACCCCAAACAUACAGCCAAUGUCAUUAAGAACUAUCUUUAGCGUAAAGAAGAACAAGGAGUCAUGGAAGUGAUGAUAUGGCCCCCACGGAGCCCUGAUCUCAACAUCAUUGAAUCUGUCUGGGAUUACAUGAAGAGAACGAGAAAUUUGAGCAAGCCUACAUCCACAGAAGAUCUGUGCUUAGUUCUCCAAGAUGUUUGGAACAACUUCCCUACUUCUAUCCCUACCCCCCUCUGUCUGACCACCGGCUCUCGGCUACACAUGCUUGAUAUUGUUUCAGUAUUUAUUUAUGAAUUUAUUAUUUAUUGCUUGAUAUUAUUUUCUUUGCUACUUAUUUCCUUUGUUUGUUGAGCUCUGUGUAUUUUGUGUGGAGGUCUGAUACUGUAUAUGAUUAGAAGUGAUAGUUCAGGGUGCUGUCGGCUUAUUUCAACCCACAUAGGAACACUGCGGGAGAUUAUAAUAUCCCUUUGCCUCUUUUUUGGGGUAAAAAAGUUCCAAAUCUGUCUUGAUAAAUCCUCCCCACUGUCUCUCCUUUAAUUCUUUUUAGCCUUGUUGUGUUGUCCCAAAAAAGACUAUAGAGGAGAUUUAUCAAAACACGCCACACUUUCCAGAUUAUGGUUUUCAAAAUUAUUUAAUAAAACCAUGUAUCAUUGACUUCUCACUUCACACAUACUUCUUACUUUGUGUUGGUCUGUCACAUAAAAUCCCAAUAAAAUGCAUUUAAUUUUGUGGGUGUAACGUGAAAAAUGUGGAAAAGUUCAAGGGGUAUGAAUAUUUUUGCAAGGCACUGUAUGUUAAUUUGAAGUAUGUUUGUUACAGCAGCCAUGGUAUUGUAUGGUGGUGCCCGCCAUGGAUUAUAUUCAACAACCUCCCUGUCGAGUUCAUCCAAACACUGGGUGCGAGUGGACCUAGAAGAAUUGCUGUUUUGAAGGCACAGGGUGGUCACAGCAAAUAGUGAUUUGAUUUAGAUUUCACUUUUAUUCAUUCUCUUUGCAUUUUGUUAAUUG